AUGGCUAAGAAAAAAAUUGAAAUAUACAUAGAUGUAAAUACUGAAAAAGAGUUUGAUAAUAUACUCAACCAAUAUAAUAAAAAUCUUAUUUGUGCCCAGAUAUAUUGCAGUUACUUUGGUUAUUGCACUGCCCUUGAUCACCUUUUUAUGAAAAUGAAAUUGGAAUGGAGCGACGGGCAUGCUUUACUACUCAGAGUAGCAGCCGAUGAAAUCGAGUCACUAAAACGAUUCCGUGGUCAAAGUAAUCCUAUAUUCCUUUUUAUUUUGAAUAGAAAAAUAAUAAAUAUUUUUCGUGGCAUAAAUAACAUCAGAUUUGGAGAGAUCGCGAGAAGUGAAAUAGAGUAUUAUCAAGAACUUCAAAAGGGUGGCUCUGUAGAAAGGCAAACUUACGACAUUGAUGAAGCGACACCAGAGGAAGUCGAAUGGAACAACAUCCGAAAGUCUGAAAGGGAGGAAGUGUUAAAGAGCGCUCUUGCUAGAAAAGCCGCCCGUCAAGCGGCUCGCAAACAGCACCGAGCCGAGCUUAUGAUACCUUUUCUCCAGCAUCUGAAUUUUGUGCUGUAUUGGCCAAAUGCAACACAUGCACAUCCAGAACUAUACGAGAGAUGGGAUGCGCACAAUAUUAUAAUGGUCGGCCGUGAAGAAAUACAGCUGACUAGAGAAGUGGCAGAAGACGUACUGUAUGCUGGCGAUGCUCCUAUUAACGAGGCGUCUAUGCAUGUGUUGCUUUCAGCACCGGCCCUCGCUAUAUGCUUUAGGAUAUUAGAUACAGAUAAACACUUCGUUUCAUUGGUACGAAAGAUUCUUUACGAAGAAAUACCUCCGAUCGACGAAUCUAAGCCUUUAGCUGAUCAACCGCCACAGAAAACCGCAUUUGAUCUUUAUAAGUCUUACAGUCUACCAAAAGAAGAAAUUUGGCAAAAGCGUCGAGAGGAAAGGAUGAGUAGGAAGGAGCAAGCAAGAAUAAAUCGCGCGAGGCGCUUGUCCGAGAUGCAACGUUUGGCUCGUCAAGCAAAAGAGGAUGCUAUACAGAACAAAAGAGCAGAGAGGGAGAAAAGAAAACUUGAAUUGCUUAAAGCUGGUAAUAUCACAGCUUUGGACGAUCUUAAAGGAAGUUCUGUAGAUAUGGAGGUCGAUAUUACGAUACCUGAGAAACUAUCGGAUGACGAAGUAGAAGAAAGUAGCGAAGAGGAGGAUGAGAACGAGUAUUUUCCGCCUCCAGGCCUCUUGAUACCAGGAUUUUACGCUCCACCGAAUGACAUUGCUAAAGUCAACGGCCUGGCUAUAUUAUUUCCCAAGAUUGUUUUAGAAAACGUAACGCCUCAACCAGAGUUCCUUCCGCCACAUGUGCUCGUGUUAGUGGACAUGACGAAGAGAUAUAAGGCUAUAGAGAGCCUAGCCAAGCACAAGACCGCCGUAAUACACAUGGGUAUAUUCAAAGCGACUACUCCGUACUGUGCCGUCCAUGUUGCAUACGGAGUGAAACAUUUUGAUUCACUGAAAUUAUCCAUAGACUUAGAUGACCUGAAACUAGCGUUUAUGCUAUCUAUAAAAGUGGAUCUGCCGUUAUUGGAACUGAUGGGUUUGAACCCAUAUCACGUUAGUCGCGACUCAGAAGCAGGCGAGGACGAAUGCGCUGCCAUGUUUCCGGUAAAUUAUGGUGAUGCGUACCCAGAGUUUGAGGAUUUCGAUUAA